UUUCAGCUUCAGUCCCGGAUGAGAUUUAGCAACGUGCGCUACAGCUUCUCUGUUUUAUCCGCUCAGAAAGCCAGAGCCACCAGCCGAGUGAAAAACAAAACGCGUGCAAAAAGAGCCCGAACAAGAUUUUUUACUACCGCUAUCUAGUCAAGGGAAUUUUUAACAACAAGCAAUAAUUAAAUUCAUAAAUAGUAGGAAAAACAAUUAAGAGUUGUGCGGGGCCACAAAAGUGUUUUUUAGUGUCUAUAUAGCGAAAAUAAUAAACCCGAUUACAAUGUUAAAUGUGGAAACUUUGGGCACGCAAAGCGUUGCGGCAGCGUAGACGCCGACUGAGGCAGCGGCAGCGACGUCGGCGUCGCAGUCCGCAUUGUGUAUAAUAAAAUUGGCGAAAGGCGAAAUGAAUUGAGCAGGGCAGUGGAUCGAACGGAGGGCGGAAGGAGGAGGAGCGGGGCAGCAAGGAGCGGCAGGAGCAGCAGGAUACUAGAAAGCAGAAAGCCGAAGAUGUGCGCGCACAAUACAAAAAAUUACAAAGCAUACUUUUGGGAGCGGCAAAUGGCCAAAAUCAACAGAAACAGCAAAGGCAACAAAAGCAACACCAACACCAAAUCAGCGACAGCGACGCAGGCAGAGGCAGCGGCAGCGACGCAAGCAGCAUCACUAAAGAAAAACAAAGCAAAGCCAAAAGCAAAGACAGCAGCAUCAACAACAACAGCGAUGUCACUAAUGUUACAACGGGAAACUCACAAAUAAGCAAUAGGUUAGAGCAAGAGGGCACGUGAGCGCCAGGAGAGAGAAGCGAAAGUGAGAGAAAGAGAGUGCAAGUAAGGCCACGGGGAAAAUGGCCAACGCCUUGCGUGGGUGCAGCCAAAAGGAUAAGCAGCGGAUGGGGGGACAACUGAGCGACUGGCUGGCUACACAGAGAGCGAGCGAGCGAGAGAGCGAGAUAGCGACUCACACAGAGCGAGACAGAGAACCGUAAUCCGCACAGCUGCAAAGCAUAUAAAAUCACGUAUCCGCCAUGGAGCCGGUGAUGAGUUUGGCACUCGCGGCCCACGGACCGCCCAGCAUACUGGAGCCGCUGUUUAAAACCGUAACCACGAGCACAACGACCACCACGACCACGACGACCAGCACGACGACGACGACGAGCAGUCCGGCGGGCUACGCGCCAGGAUACUCGGGCACCACCCUGCUGACCGCCCUGUUCGAGAACCUCACGUCGACGGCGGCCAGCGGGCUUUACGAUCCGUACGCGGGCCUGUACGGCAACCAGACCGGCAACGGCACCCUGGGCUUCGAGACGAAGGGGCCGCGCUACUCCCUGGCUUCCAUGGUGGUCAUGGGCUUCGUGGCGGCGAUUCUGAGCACGGUGACAGUGCUGGGCAACGUGAUGGUGAUGAUAUCCUUCAAGAUCGACAAGCAGCUGCAGACGAUCAGCAACUACUUCCUCUUCUCGCUGGCCAUCGCGGACUUCGCCAUCGGCGCCAUAUCGAUGCCGCUGUUCGCGGUCACCACGAUCCUGGGCUACUGGCCCCUGGGGCCCAUCGUCUGCGACACGUGGCUGGCCCUCGACUACCUGGCCUCGAACGCCUCCGUGCUGAACCUGCUGAUCAUCAGCUUCGACCGCUACUUCAGCGUCACGCGGCCGCUGACGUACCGCGCCAAGCGGACAACCAACCGGGCGGCCGUGAUGAUCGGAGCCGCCUGGGGCAUCAGCCUGCUCCUCUGGCCGCCGUGGAUCUACAGCUGGCCCUACAUCGAGGGCAAGCGGACGGUGCCCAAGGACGAGUGCUACAUCCAGUUCAUCGAGACCAACCAGUACAUCACGUUCGGCACCGCCCUGGCCGCCUUCUACUUCCCGGUGACCAUCAUGUGCUUCCUCUACUGGCGCAUCUGGCGCGAGACCAAGAAGCGGCAGAAGGACCUGCCCAACCUGCAGGCCGGCAAGAAGGACUCCAGCAAGCGCUCGAACAGCAGUGACGAGAACACGGUAGUGAACCACGCGUCCGGCGGCCUGCUGGCCUUCGCCCAGAUGGGCGGCAACGACCACGACACCUGGCGACGGCCGCGCUCCGAGAGCUCGGCGGAUGCGGAGAGUGUCUACAUGACCAACAUGGUCAUCGACUCCGGCUACCACGGGAUGCACUCGCGCAAGUCAAGCAUCAAAAGCACGAACACAAUCAAAAAAUCGUACACCUGCUUCGGCAGCGUCAAGGAGUGGUGCAUCGCGUGGUGGCACUCCGGUCGCGAGGACUCCGACGACUUCGCCUACGAGCAGGAGGAGCCUUCUGAUUUAGGGUAUGCAACACCAGUAACAAUUGAAACUCCUUUACAAAGCUCCGUCUCCAGAUGCACCUCGAUGAACGUGAUGCGGGACAACUACUCGAUGGGCGGCAGUGUGAGCGGCGUGCGCCCGCCCAGCAUUCUCCUCUCGGAUGUCUCGCCCACGCCGCUGCCACGCCCACCGCUCGCCUCCAUCUCGCAGCUACAGGAAAUGGGUGCGGUCGCUGCGAGCGCGAAUCCGAAUGCCAACAGCAAUGGCGUUGUCGGCGCCGUCAACAACAACAACAAUCACAAUGGCAAUGGCGCGGUGGGAGGAAACGGUGGCGGCGGCGGAGGCGGCGGAAGCGGAAAUGGAAAUGGAAUCGGAAUGGGAGCGGCCGGAAGUGCAGCGCACCGCAGCGACUCGCGCACGCUGCCCGUGAUCAAUCGCAUUAACUCGCGGUCGGUGAGCCAGGACUCGGUGUACACGAUACUCAUCCGCCUGCCUUCCGACGGAGCCUCCAGCCACGCAGCCAACGGGGGAGGAGGAGGUGGUGGAGCAGGAGCAGCCGGCGGAGGAGGAGGGGCAGCAGGAGCUGCUGCGACGACCUUGAGCCUGCAGGGCGACUGUGCGCCCUCCAUCAAGAUGAUACACGAGGACGGGCCCACCAGCACCAGCACCGCGAACGCAGCGGUGGCUCCAGUGGCUCCCCGGCGACCGCUGCCCUCGCGCGACUCCGAGUUCAGCCUGCCGCUGGGCAGGCGGAUGUCCCACGCCCAGCACGAUGCCAGGCUACUCAACGCCAAGGUCAUACCCAAGCAGCUGGGCAAGGGCGCUGCGGGAGUGGGCGGCGGGGCGGCCGGGGCACACGCCCUGAUGAACGCCCGCAACGCGGCCAAGAAGAAGAAGAAGUCGCAGGAGAAGCGACAGGAGUCGAAGGCAGCCAAGACGCUCUCGGCGAUCCUGCUGAGCUUCAUCAUCACGUGGACGCCGUACAACAUCCUGGUGCUGAUCAAGCCGCUGACCACCUGCUCCGACUGCAUCCCCACGGAGCUGUGGGACUUCUUCUACGCCCUCUGCUACAUCAACUCGACGAUCAACCCGAUGUGCUACGCCCUCUGCAACGCCACCUUCCGCAGGACGUACGUCCGCAUCCUCACCUGCAAGUGGCACACCCGCAACCGCGAGGGCAUGGUGCGCGGCGUCUACAACUAGAUCCACAUACCAAUCACCCGGCUCUGGCCAGAGAGCUCCGGCCUAACUACUAGUAGUUGCAAUAAGUGUUGUGUGCUGAGACCCACGGGCGGCAGUAAACCAAAACUAGGCUUAGAGGUUACCCAUUGACAGGCAGUACUGAUUUUUUGAUGUCUAGCCCCCGACUUUAUACACACGCAUUACCAUUCCGGAAGGGUUGCCAGCCCACAUUUGCCAGAACUGAGGGGAUAUAGCAGCUGCAAUGCCAGUUGGUUUCGAUUUACUCAAACAGAGAACCCGAGAUUGGUUUAUUAGUUUUCGAUCCGAGUUCAUUGAGGUCAUUCCCAUGCCAAGUUCCGCCCGUGAACUAACCACUUCCAGCAACGCCAAAGAUCUCAUCCCUAGACUUUACUUCCGAGGCAACCCUUCCCAGCACCUGGCCAAAAGGAAAGUGCCAUCGCGAUGAUCACGACAGCGAAGAGCGAGGGAUUCCCAUUUGUUAGGCGUUUACGUACUGUUAGGUAGGCACAAGCUCGAUGCAGAUGAAUUUAAUACAAAUAUAAUGGAUUACGAUUUGCAAUUCAUACAUACACAUAUAUAAGGAUAUAUAUUUAUUAUUAUACACAUAGCGAAUGAGUUAGCUUAAGUUGUUGGCGGAGGGCAGGCAGUCGAGAACCCAAAAAGCUUUAAUACAAGUUCAAAGUAGGAAGGAUUAAGUUCCACAGGCAACGAUCUUGGUCGACGGAGAGCCAAGGGAAGCAUUAUGUUCUCGUUCCGAUUUUCGUUGUGUAGACUCGGGGGAUAUGAUAUGGUAUAAUAUGGUACUUAAUCGUGGGGGGAAUAUUGUGAUUGUACUGCUCGUUUUCGAUAGUUUAUAUCAGUUUUUUUGUACAUGUACGUAGAAACCAAAGCCAAAAACACAAAACCCAAAAAAGAAAGCCAAACCGAAAGUGUAAGCGUGAACCGUGCAAAUCAGUUUGUAGACACAUACCUGCUAAUAUAAUAUAUCUGAACAUGUACGAUAAAAUUACGGUUAUUUGUAUGUAUUAAGAACGCAACCCACCAUGGUUCGACAACUAAGAACAACCUUUUGUAACUGACGAAGAAGCCAUCCCGGAGUUGGGGUGCUCCUGGCUGCUGAAGGAUAACGAGAACAGUAACGCAAGCAAUACGCUCGGAAGGCGCCUCCAAGAGGUGGUCCACUUAGAGGGGUGGAGGAUCAGAGUCGGGGACCUGGACCCUGGACGGAGUAGUAUUUAGAUAACCCACACGGUUGUGCUGACAGUGGCCAAGUCCCCGACUUGGUCGGCGGACCACCUCUUUGGAAUCCGAAUCCGAAUCGCACCACAACUCAUAGCUAUUAAACCAAAUGCUUCUUCGAAGUGCACCAAUUCAAGUAACUAACUAAUAGCAACCACAAGCAUAUUUAACGCAUAUGAGAGAGCAAAUAUAGUACAUACAGUGUAAGAGAACGACAUCCAGGUACUACGAUAUAUUCGAUGCGAUCGGGGAGCGGACGUUUUUAAUGAGUGUGUAGGUAACUAAUUGAAAUAUUAACAAAUUGUCGGCCCCGUUUAUCCGAGUCGAGUGGAGCGGGGCCCAGACGCGAUGCAAGCCGAAAUCAAAGCGACAUUUGUAGUGUCUGUGACACAGUACGCAUAUUUAUACCUAACGAUAAACGAUAAAAGAUAAACGAUACGAUAUAUACAACAAGUACAUAUAAUAUAUACGAAUUCGACGUUUAAUAUGAAGUAACAACAAGAACAAGAACAAGUAAACCAACCAGCAAACCCAAGAGACAUGAUUUACAACCAACCACGCACACACAUCCUAAUGAAGCAUAUAGUAACGCAACAAUAUAUAUCCGACUCCGACUAGCCGAGAACGCGGGUCGAGCAACCAAUCCAGAUACCUACAUAUAGCCUUUAGACGUACAUAUACUCGUUUAACACUCGAUUACAAAUAGAUCACGUUUUGACUAACAGCGAAAAGGUUUGACAUAGGAUUACAGAGCGAACGGAAGAGCGGAGGACGGCGUUUUGGUGACGGAGCAGAUUUAAUUGCAUACAAUCUAAUUGUUUGGAAAUAUACUACGAUAUAUAGUAAUACAUAUAUAAUUUAAAGCUAACAAUAAAAUGUGAAUGAAAAGAGUA